UCAUUUUCGAAACUUUCACUUUUGUUAUAUUGGGCAACAUGAAGGAUACACAGGUUUUGUUUCGAUUCUGACAUUGACGAAAAAGUGUUGUUAGGCAAACUUUUGGCGCUGCUAAAAUACAACGCACUUAGAUUCUAGUUGAUGGCAUCAUGUUUGCUCUUAAACGAUCACUAUCCAGGCCUUUAACUACUAUUUCUGUUAAAGGCAGUGGUUCACAGGUCGAACAGUUAAAAGCAUUCGAAGUAUUCAAAGAUGAUGCAGCGUUGUCAGCUUCAUUUUUAACAUCAGUUGUGCAGCAGUGUGAGGAUGUUCUAUUACAUCGAUCUUGUACUCCUCUGCAAAGUUCCAUCUUGCAAACACCAGCGCUAAAUGUUAAUUCUAAACGAUUAAUACAUAAACACACGAGCGAUGGAUAUAAAAGAUAUGAACAGAAAACACAAUGCCAUUGGCUGAAUUGGAAACGUUUUGGAUCAUAUUGUGCAGCAUCAUGCUUGGCUGGAUUAGGGACUUAUUAUUUACAGAAGCAAGAAUUGGCCAAAAUAUUGGACUUAGCAGUGUAUGCAGAUAGCAAUAAUAAAAACAAUUUUAUAGCAGAUGUUGUACAAAAAGCAGGACCAGCUGUGGUAUUUCUGGAAAUUAAAGGAAGACAUCCCCUUACUGGUCGUCCUGUCACAUUAUCCAAUGGAUCUGGUUUUAUAGUGAGAAGCAAUGGAAUAAUUCUAACAAAUGCUCAUGUUGUUGCAACAAAGUCAACUGUCAGUGUGAAACUUCAAGAUGGAAGAGUAAUGGAAGGCCAAGUCACAGCAGUAGAUCCUAUAUCAGAUUUAGCAACUGUCAAAAUACCUGCUACAAAUCUACCCAUCAUUCCUCUGGGAUCAUCUUCAAAUAUUCGACCUGGUGAAUGGGUGAUUGCCAUGGGAAGCCCUCUGUCUCUGAGCAAUACAGUGACUUGUGGAAUUGUUAGUAGUGUACAACGAGCAAGCAGGGAGCUGGGACUUAGAAACAAGGAUAUGGAUUAUAUUCAAACAGAUGCUGUUAUCAAUUUUGGUAACUCUGGAGGCCCACUUGUUAAUUUGGAUGGUCAAGCUAUUGGAAUUAAUACCAUGAAAGUAACCACUGGUAUUUCAUUUGCCAUUCCCUCUGACUAUGCAAUAAAGUUCUUGGUUAAAGCAGAAGAGUUAAUGAAGCAUGGCCGAAGUGAAAAUGGCUUUUUGAAAAGGCGCUACAUGGGAAUUACAAUGCUUACACUCACAGAGAAUGUAAUGAGAGAUUUGAAGAAUAACAUAAAGAUGCCAAAUUUCCCUGAUGUAGAUGGUGGAGUGUUUGUCUACAAAGUAAUACCAGGGUCUCCUGCUCAUAUAGGUGGAAUAGUAGCUGGGGACAUUAUUAUUGAUAUAAGUGGCACAGCUAUUAAGUCUGCAGCUGAUGUAUAUGACGCUGUUGAGAAAUCUGAUUUUCUUAAAGUGACAUUGAUCCGAGGUAGUGAAAAGAAAGUAAUUCCUAUUGAUACAAAACAGACAAUUUAAAACAUUUAGGGGCUGAAUAAAUUUUUGGAUAUUUGUGUUAUACUGAUUACGUUUAGGUAUCUUGGUUUUCUUUUUCACCUAUACAUUGAGAAAUCAAUAGAAAUGAUAAAUAUUUGUGCAAAGCUGUAAUCCAAUUAUGAUGUGAUUCUGCAUAAUAAAUAUAUUCAAAGCCUA